AUGCGUGACACAACUAUAAUUGAAGUGUUAGAUACUAUCGGCAGCCAAUUAGAUCUCGGAAAGCAGAUUGAUGUGAUCUACCUGGAUAUGUCAAAAGCAUUUGAUAGGGCUAAUCACGUACGUGACGUACGUCUUCUACAUCGUCUCAGAGAAUUUGGAUUCGGAGAAAAUCUUUUAAUGUGGCUUGAUUCUUACUUGAAAAAUCGCCGACAACAAACUACUGUUCUCGGUGCAACAUCGACAGCACUACCAGUGACAUCCGGAGUACCACACGGUUCCAUUCUUGGUCCGCUACUUUGCCUUUUAUAUACCAAUGAUCUAUCCUCUUCCAUCGUGAAUUCGAACGUAGCAGCUUUCGCUGAUGACACUAAGCUUUUUAAA